CUGCCGAGUCGGGCCGGGCCGCCUGGGGAGCGGAGCCGCCGCCGGAGCUGCGUCCGCUAUGGGGACGGCGUACGCGCGGAUGCGCUGCAUCAAAAUCUUGCUGUUCAUCUUCAAUCUGAGCUUCUGGCUGGCAGGAUUGGCUGUCAUUGCCUUUGGUCUGUGGCUGCGGUUUGGUGGGGCUAUGGCAGAGUUUGCUUCAGACAAAAGGUCUCCAGAGUAUUUCUUCAUAGGUCUGUAUGUAUUGGUGGGAGCAGGGGCUCUCAUGACCACAGUUGGAUUCUUUGGGUGCUGUGGAGCAGCGCGGGAGUCUCAGUUCUUACUUGGAGCAUUCUUUGCUUGCUUGUUGGUGAUAUUUGCAGCUGAGAUCACCGCUGGAGUGUUUGCAUUUAUAGGCAAGAAAGUGGCAAUACAGGAAGCCCAGAAAAUCUAUGAAGACGUCUAUGAGGAAUACAUGAAAAACCCGGGGAAGGUGAACAGAACCCUCUAUCACUACCACUUGGCUCUCCAAUGCUGCGGUAAAGAUAAUUUGGAACAACACGCAGGAUUACCUUGUCCAGAGAAAAUGCAGGUGCCAAAGAACUGCCUGGUUGAAAUCCACAACGUAAUCGAUGCCAAUCUGCAUCUAGUUGGGAUUGUUGGAAUUGCAAUUGCUGGCACCACAAUCUUUGGCAUGAUAUUCAGCAUGGUUCUCUGCUGUGCUAUCCGUAACACGAGAGAUAUGAUCUAAAACUGUCACUGCACAACUGUGUCCAGAAGCUUUACAAGAAGUGCUCUUCUACCCAGCUUAAUAACUGUAAUGUAUUUUAAUUAGUGUUUUAACAUACUGAGAGGAAAAUAUCCCACGAGGUGUGGAGGUGAAUUGUAUUAGUGGCAGUAAAACUGAAAUGAACAAAAAAAGGGUUUUAAAAUGUCCUUUUUAAUGGAAAGAGCCGAGAUGGCAUCGAAGACUAAUUUGGUUUUUAAUGUUUGUAUAUGUGCAAUUUAGAGCUUACAUAUCUAUAGGCACUGUGUAAGUACAUGCAUUUCUCUCAUUACAGAUAUGUAUGCACAUUAUCUGUGCAUGUAGUACCUUAUGUAGGUAAGUAUGUGCAAAUGGGAUGUGUUGUGUGUCCACAUUUGCAUGCACAUUUUUCCAGUCUCACCAUGCAGGAGUUGUGCACACACCCAGAGGUUGCUUGAAACACUUUCAUUCCGAGCCCCUGUUUGCCAAGAGCUGGUGGAGGAACAAAUGCCAUUUUAAAAACGACCCAGCAUCCAUUUUGUAACUGUUCCGUCCAGCCCCCAAAGAGGAAGUCUGUUUUGUUUUAAACGGCUUUUGUUGUUACAAAAGGGUCUCCUCCAGCACACUCCUUCCUGGAGAUCUUCCAAAGCCCCUGGAUGUGGUCCUGGGCACUCUGCCCUUCACGGCUCUGCUGCAGCACAGCGCCUGGAUCGGAGGGACGCAGAGAUCCCUUCCAAUUUCAACCAUUCUGUGAUGCUGUGACUUCACUGGUGUGCACAGACCUGAGUUUUGUUUUUGUUUAAGUCCAGUCGUGUUUUCAUGCAAGUACAGAAAGCUCUGUGGGAGGAAACAGUCCAAGGAGAUCUGGCCUAAACAAAGAGGGGAGGAGGUAGGAAGCUGGCAAGAUGCAGUCAUUUGGGAGCGAUUGUAACACAGUGUGGUUAAGCUUCUCAUACUAGCCUGAGACCAAAACCAAACCACCAAAACCUCUAUGUGUUAAAGGGGCACUAAAAUCUUAGUUCAGAAGUCCCUUUAUGCUGUAAGACUGUGAUCUAUAAUGCUGGUGCAGGAGUAGAACCUAUAGUAAGAAAAGCAGCAGCUUUGUCAGAUACCCUGUAGAGCCUGGUGUGUAGAAUCCAAUGGAGGAGAAAAAAUGGUCAGGGAAAAACACACAGCACUUUAAUAUCCUCUGGUUUUGCUUCUGUGACUAUCACAGCUUCCUGAGGGCUCCUACCUCAGCCUCCCACCCCUUCCUGCAGGUGUAAGGCAGAAAAGAAAGAUGGGGCUUCUUUUCUAAAAAAGAAAAAGAAAGAAAAAAACAGAAGAGCAGAGCCACAAAGUAAAUUUUCUUACUGGGAUUUGUAGAUUGCAUGUCAAGUUUAAAAAAAUACUGUUCUUGAAAUACCUCAGGGCUUGCCUUUGCGUUAUUUGUUUCUAUAUUGUUAUUUUUAUAUUCUUCAUACUUAUUUAUGAGAGUGUUCCUUCUAAAGCAGCCUAGAAGGGAGAAAGUUUGUUCCCGGAAAGAGCAAAUAAAUGACAGCAAGGGCUCAGAAUCUCUGAAAUUUUUGCUUAGUCCAGUUAAUUUAGCAUUUCAAAGAAUAACUUUCUGCUAGCAAUGCCCCUUUAAUUAUUACCAGCUCCGAGUUCUUAUGCAGUUGUUCUUUUUUAAGAGAAUAGGUCUAACAGAGUUCAGUUAAAUGUCUCAGUGAAUGGUCCGUGAUGCCUAAUGAGACUUGGCAUUUGCAAGUCAAUUAUCUCACUAAAACAUGAUGGCACUUCAGGUAGUGCCUGCAGUCCAGUGCACGUGUUUGUGUCACAUACAUCCCUCCUGAUGUUUUUCUCUCAUUUCCAACAGAAACUCCAAUUUCUAUCAGUUUUCUGUUAUUUCAGUAUUGGAAAUGGUGCUGCUGUUCCAUGUUUCUCACUUAAUUGACUCAUCUUGCUGUCUUUUACAUGGAUGUCACUUUCCAAAUUGUUCACCCACAGGCUGUCACUAUGCAGUCAUGUUGAUGCAGCUAUUGCACUUGUAGGGGAACCCUUGGGUCGGGGCUUGAGCUGGUGAUUGAGCACCUGGUGAAGGGGUGCUGUUGGCCUAAGGAGCACAUUGUUUGCACCUGUGCUCUCCCAUGUGCCCAGAAGGGCUGCACCCAAUGCAGAGCCACCCUGGGCUCAUUUCAGGGGCAGCCACUGAAGGGAGAGCAUCCUUGGACCUAGGCUGCUUCCUGAGGAGUGCUGUAUGGCCAGAGAGCCCCUUCACCAGCUGGGUGAGUUCAGUGCUUCUUUCUGUAUAAUAUGGCAUUGGCCUACUGUGAAUGCUUUGUGUGGUGUCACCAAGAGCCUAUCAGCAGCUAUUUUGCAUAAAAUAGCAUUAAAAAUUGCACUAAACAUAAACUGUGAUAACAGCUGCAUGCUCAGCAACAGGUGAGCAGUUUCCAGGCUGAACUCCAGGUCCUCAUUUGCAGAGAGGUAUUGCAUCACAGACCAGUGAGCUCUGCUCUUGUUUCAGUGCUUAAUGGUGCAGGACCUCUGUUCCUUACUGGCAGUGCAGAGACAUUUCUAAGUAACUGCAUUGUGUAUUCUCAGUAAGAAAGCUUUUCAGAGAGAACUAAAUCCAAAUCAGUGCUGGAGCUUCCUCAGGUACACUUCAAAGCUGCAUGCCAGGAUUUAAUUAACCAACUUCUGCUCCAGAUUGAUACUGUCUGCCUCAGAAGUCAGCAGAAGUGCCCAUCUAGUCAGGAAAGUGGCAACAGACCAAAUCCUUUUGGGGAUAACUCUGAAAGCACAGCACACGUCUUCUUCCUAUACAGUCAACCAUCUUGUUCUCAAGUAUAAACGUGUAAAUAGUUGAUUCUUGUUUCUUUAAAGAUCAUUAUUUGUCAUUCCCUUGUCUGGUUUUCCUGAGUAACAGCCUCCAGUGGGAGCUUCACAUAUUGCAAACUAACUGCAGCCUAUCUUGCAGAGACUGAGCAGGAGCUGAUGAAGCACAGCCCUUUCAUAUCCCUACUGCGAGGAUUCGCAUUUCACUGUUAUACCAGAAGUGAUAGUUUUAUAGCAAGACAUAUUUCAUGUGUAUUGAGAAGGAAGUCGGGUUAUCUUAAGCCUCCAAAUGCUCUUGCAGCCUUCAGAGGCUGAUCAACAGCAUCAGGUGCUGUUUGUAGGACACCCACAUAACGGAGCCCACCAAUCUCACUUCUCUGGUCACUGUUGGUUCUCCACAACACAAACUGCUUCCAAGGUGACGUAUUUUUCUACAGCACAAAUUCUGAUUUGGGACAGAACUGGGAUCUUUGUCUUUGCACUGUCUGUAGCAGCGUUAUCUCUGUCACAGCUCUCUGUGGGAAACGAAGAGGAAAUGGAGCAAUGCUUAUUCUGUUGCUGAAGGCAGCUUUUGCUUUCCAUUGGUUUAAUGUGUACUAAAGUGGAAAUGUGUUGGUUUUAUUGUCUUGAAUUUGAAACAAUGUUCUAAUAAAAAUAACCAGCAAUACAAGACUCUCAGAGGCUGUCCUGGUGCCCUCCUGUGUGCUCCCAUGCUCUGCUGUGACUUCCUUGCCUCUUCUCAACAUCGUAGGGCUGUCUGCAUUUCUAUUGCUUGGUUAUGUGGAAAGGAGCCAUAGGGUGCAGCACAGUCACCCAAACACCUGACCUGAAGGAAUUCUUGCCUGGAGGAAGGGUUGUUGUGGACUCGAGGGUCUUCAACUUGAAAACACGCUGCUGAAAGGCCAAGAAGGAAAAAGUGCUUUGAGAACACAUGAAGGGGUGUUUAAAAUGGUGCAGUAAGACUCACUCAAAUGCCUUAAUUUUGUUGGGAUUUUUCUUUUUAGUGUGAAAGGAAUCAUCCAACCCAAACCAUUCUGUGAGUCUAGCUAUUUUUCUCUCUGUGCAUUCCCAUAGGCUUUAACCAUACAACUAGGUUAAUGUUUUUGCAUGCAUGCUGUUAGACUGAAGGCACGUCCCUCAGAUGCAACCAUGAGGGACCAUAGCAAUAACUUUGCUGUGUCACUUAUUGCUGUAAGGAGGUACAGUUCCUUGUUUUUCCUCCUGCUAAGUGUUACUGAACAGCAGAGCCAGCUCAGAAAUCUUGUUCAGGACUUGAUGGUCCAAAGCUCUCUUGCAUCUUCUUUCCCCAUGUUUUUAAUGGUUGUUCUGGGGUUUGGGAGGUAUCAGACAUUCUCACUCCCAAGAAGUAUUUUGUGACUUGCUGCCUGUCCUCUCGUGGUCCAGCAGUUGCCUUGUAUGUACCUGGGCAGGUGUGGGCGUCUGCUUUGUUGUGUUUGCAUGCUGUGCUCCUAUACUUGGGCCAUACUGAUUUUUCUGGCUGCUUAUCUCGUUAUCUCUGGCUGCUGUAACUGCCAACCCCUGAAAUGAACUUUUCAUAGUAGUUCUCUGCUUAUCUCUGCAUUAACUCUGGGUUGGUACCAUAUGCUGCUCUUGGGAAGGCUGACACGUGGUUUUAAGAACUGAUUGGCACUUACCAACACAACAAAGCCUUUCCUAGGAAUAGUUACUAUUUAUUCCUAAGAAUAAAUACUGUAUGCAGGAAUGCAGAUGAUUUUAAAAGGGCAAGACAUGUAUAGCAGAUCUAUGCAACUUGCCCCCUCCUGCAAACAAAACUGAAACUUUCGGUUAAUUCUAAGAAAAACAAAA